GAUCCUCUCUCUCUGAAUAAAGAUAGAGCUUUACCCAGACUGCACAUUCCUUCCUCUGUCCCAGAUCUGAUUUUUGAAGAUUUGAAGAGGGAAGUUUUAAAAUCAAGAGACGAAGGGCUUAUAACCGAAACAUUGACCCUCCUGCUCCUAGGAUGCUGCCUGACUCCCCUGUGAUUUUCCAGUGCCACAUUUUUCGACUGACUCUCCAGCAUCUCCGGUCCUCACUUUGAUGUCAAUGUCUGACAGUCACUCAAUCCACUGUGGCCAGCAAAGAUUUUCGUCCGUGAUUUCUCUGAGCGGGACCAAAGCUUUUUGGUUCCUGUCUGAGUAUGUUUUCAGCAUCAGUGGGACUGGACGAGAGACCCCACUGUUGCAGCGCACUGUGCGUGGAGCCUGAAACCGUUAUACAGCCUGGGAAGGGGAUUUCACGGCAGGGAGGGGCUCUACACGUGUUUGUGAGCAGCUGAAGCUGUGGCCAUGGAGAAACCCGAGGAAUCCCGCCCUCUGGAGAAACCGUGGAACUGUGGUGACUGUGGGAAAGGCUUCCGUUUCCUGUCUGCCCUGGAGACUCAUCGGCGCAGUCACACCGGGGAGAGGCCAUUCCCCUGCAUCGACUGCGGGAAGGCCUUCAGACAUUCCUCCCACCUGCUGACCCACCAGCAGGACCACACGGGGGAAAGACCCUUCAGCUGCCCCGAGUGCGGGAAGGCCUUCGUGUUUUUCUCCGCCCUGUUGGCCCACCAGCGGGUCCACACAGGAGAGAGGCCGUUCAACUGCCCAGAGUGCGGGAAGGCCUUCAGGUAUUCCUCCACUCUACUGAGCCACCGGCGUGUCCACACCGGGGAAAGGCCCUUCAGCUGCCCCGAGUGUGGGAAGGCCUUCAGCGAUUCCUCCACCCUGCGGAGCCACCGGCGCGUCCACACAGGGCAGAGGCCCUUCAGCUGCCCUGAGUGCGGGAAGGCCUUUACCCACGUCUCCUCCCUGAUGAGGCACCAGCAGAUCCAUACAGGAGAAAGGCCCUUCAGCUGCCCCGAGUGUGGGAAGGCCUUUACCCAGGCCUCCACCCUGCUGACCCACCAGCGGGUCCACACAGGGGAGAAGCCCUACAGCUGCCCCAAGUGUGGGAAGGCCUUCAGCAAUUCCUCCACCCUGCUGACCCACCAGCGGGUCCACACGGGGGAGAGGCCGUUCACCUGCUCUCAGUGUGGGAAGGGUUUCACCUGUUCCUCCAACCUGCGGAGCCACCAGCGGGUCCACACGGGGGAGAGGCCCUACACCUGCCCUGAGUGUGGGAAGGCCUUCAGCACAUCCUCCACCCUGCUGAGGCACCAGCGGAUCCACACCGGGGAGAGGCCGUUCAUCUGCUGUCAGUGUGGGAAGGGCUUCACCUACUCCUUCCACCUGCGGAAGCACCAACGAGUUCACAUGCCAUCGCAGGGGGAUUGAAGGAGUGACGGCCGAGUCCCAUUAUCGAUUGGAAUAUCAACCCGGUUCCGGGGACUCCCGGGUUCGAAUCCCGCCACGACAGAUGGCAGAAUUGGUAUUCGGUCAGAAAUGUGGAGUUCGCAAUCUAACGAUGAGACCGUUUCAGGUGGAGAUAUUCAAAAUUCAGAGAGAUAUCAGUCUUGAUGUUUUUGCUUUUUCUGUCCCUGUAAGAUCCUGAAUCAGCACCUUCAGGGGAAUUAGUUAGAUCAGAGUGAGAACAGAGGGGGAGAGAGAGUGGGAUGGUGCUUUCAAUUAUGUGGAAAAACAAAAGAAAAGAAUGUUUUGCAAAAGUAGAAUUCCUUGUUCAGGGUGGUGUGGGGGAGAAAGCCCCCAUCUGAUUCACUCUCUCCCUUGUUAGGGAAGGGAACGGCCAUUGUGGGAAAGGAUUCACUCAGUCGUUCCAGCUGCAUCCUUUACCCGGUCUGGCCUACACGUGACUCCAGACCCACAGCAGUCUGGUUGACUCUACACUGCCCCUUCCUGGCAAAGGAGCGGGGAGAAACUUACCUGGAGACAGGGUAUGGGUUGAAAUUGCUGAGUGAGGCAAUACUUCCUCCGGGUUACGGCUGUACCAAGGAUCCAAUUUCAAGUGGACAACUUGGUGCUGGCCAAUAGUAAAGACAGUGAGGUGGGGAUGGGGCCAGGGGAGGUGUGGUGUGUGCACUUUCACCUUGAGCUGUUCAAAAAGCAACUACUUUUUCUCUGCCUCUUUGCUGGGGGGAUCUGAAGCUGUAACA